CCAGCUGCGCGCACGCAGCAACGCCGUGCUGGGUGCUCGUCUCCUGACACUGCUGUCUGUCCUUCGCUAUGGCUGUCGUCAGGGCUCUGGUGGCGCCGAGGCUGCUUUCUGCGCUCGCACCGCUCUCGGGGCGCCACCAUGCUCCCUCCCAGCGCGCUGCCCUUCACAGCUCCGCACCGCGGCCCGGGGCCAGGGUGGCAUUGGUGCUGUCGGGCUGCGGAGUCUAUGACGGAACCGAGAUCCACGAGGCCUCUGCGAUCCUGGUACACCUGAGCCGAGGUGGGGCUGAGGUCCAGAUCUUUGCUCCUGAUGUCCCUCAGAUGCAUGUGAUUGACCACACCAAGGGAGAGCCUUCUGAGAGCGAAAGCAGGAAUGUUUUGGCAGAAUCAGCAAGGAUUGCCCGAGGCAAGAUCACCAACCUGGCCCAGCUCAAUGCUGCCAACCAUGAUGCCGCCAUAUUCCCUGGAGGCUUUGGAGCUGCCAAAAACCUGAGCACGUUCGCCGUGGACGGGAAGGACUGUAAGGUUAACAAGGAAGUAGAGCGCGUCCUGAAGGACUUCCAUGGGGCCAGGAAGCCCAUCGGCUUGUGCUGCAUCGCACCUGUUCUCGCCGCCAAAGUGAUCAAAGGCGUCGAGGUCACCGUGGGCCACGAGCAAGAGGAGGGUGGCAAGUGGCCUUACGCUGGAACUGCAGAAGCCAUCAAAGCCCUGGGUGCCAAGCACUAUGUGAAGGGUGUGACCGAAGCUCAUGUAGACCAGAAAAACAAGGUGGUCACGACCCCGGCCUUCAUGUGUGAGACGGCGCUCCACCACAUCCACGACGGCAUCGGGGCCAUGGUGAAGAAGGUGCUGGAGCUCACGGGGAAGUAACGCCGCCUGGGCCACACUCGGCCUGUCUGGGCUCCGUUCAGCCAGGACACAGGAGUGCCUUUGUGUUAGAAGCAUAGACGCCUUCUGCCUGAAGAAGGAGCUUUGCCUCCGUCCAUGCUGGGCUUGACCCCGCUCCUUCCACCAGCAGGAAGCUCAGAGCCCCUCCAUGGCCCCAAGCAGCAGCAGGGCUUCAGUGGAGGGGGGCUUACCUCACUUGUGUGUUCCCAUUGGAAGGUCCGAGCGCACCUUUUCCAGAGGAUCUGGUUGAAGCACUUAGGUUCUGCAAUCCUGGGUCAGAUGGACUGGGGUACUUCAGUUUUGUUGUUGUUGUUGUUUGUUUUUUGUUUUUUGUUUUUCUGUUUUUUUUUUUUUUGUU